UCAAAAAGCAACUAACAAAGUGGAAGUAAAUAUUUGCAAUUUAUAUAACAGAUAAAGGCCUAAUAUAGUUAAUGUAAAAAGAACACUUGAAAACUGUGAAGGACCAACAACCCAAUAGAAAAAUGUGGAAAAGAUGUGAACGGACAAUUCACAAUGAUAUUUAAAUUGUUAAACAGAAAUGCAAAAUUAAAUGCCAUCGAUAUACUACUUGUCACCUAUCAGUGAAAAUUAAAAAGUAUGUCACAUUCUUUUGGAAAGGGUGUGGGGAAAUAAUCACUCUCCUAUAUUGCUGGUGGGAAAGCAAAAAUGGGUCUGAGACUCAGGGUAGGGAAUAACCUGGAUAUGUAGAUAUGGGAAUCAUCUGUGCUUAGAGGGAAAUGAACAGAGAUCAGCUAGGGAGAGAGAACACGUGGACUGAGAAGAGCAGAGGUUCAGGACCUAGCUACUGAAGGUGGCAGUGCAGCUUUCUGGCAGGCACCACCACCACCAGGGCUCUGGAGUCAGGCGGAACUUGUCUUGAAAGCGGGCUGUGGGGCUCCGUGUGGAGCGCUCUUGGCGAAGUCGGGUACCCUCCCUGUGAUCAGCUGUCACAACUGGGGAUAAUGGGCACCUCAGAGGGAUGCUGAAUGAGGACCUGAGAUGCGCCAGGUCUGAGUGGCUGUUCCCAGCACUCUGCAAGGCUAGAAAAGGAGGAGGAACCUGUCCAGAAUCCCUGCAGGACCGGAAAAGGAGAGGACAUCUCAAUAUGGAAAAACUCUGCAAUGAAAAUGAAGGAAAGCUGGAAAGCAAGGGAAAGCCAGAAGAUGAAGUAGAUCCAGAAGAUGAAGAAAAGUCAGAUAAGGAAGAAAAGCCGGAAGUGGAGAGGAAAUCAGAACACGAGCAAAAGCUCCAGAAUGAGGGAUGGCCAGACAAUGAGGGACAACCGGAAAAUGAGGAGAAGCAAGAAAAGCAGGGCAAGUCCGAAGCUGAGGGAAAACCACACGAUGAGGGCAAGCCGGAAUCCCAGGUAAAGCCAGACAGCCAGCCGCGGGCUGCCGAAAAGCGCCCCGCUGAAGAUUAUGUGCCCCGGAAAGCAAAAAGAAAAACGGACAGGGGGACAGAUGAUUCCCCCAGGGACUAUCAGGUCAACUUACAGGAAAGGCAUUUGGGCAGUGAGGAGAUGAUGAGAGAAUGUGGAGAUAUGUCAAGGGCUCAGGAAGAGCUAAGGAAAAGACAGAAAAUGGGUGGUUUUUAUUGGAUGCAAAGAGAUGUACAGGAUCCAUUCACCCCAAGGGGGCAACGGGGUGUGAGGGGAAUGAGGGGUGGAGGUAGGGGCCAAAGGGGCUUACAUGAUAUCCCAUAUCUGUGA